CCGCACAAUACAACGGCUACGCCUUUGGGAAGCAGUCGCUUUCAACGGUUUGGCCCGGGGGGAUGAUGCGGCGUUUCUGCUUGUCGCUCUUCCUGUUGGUCUCUAACCACCCUUGAACGCCGCACGUCUACCUUUACACACCCGGCUCGCCAUGGCCCCCUGCCAUUACCUAGCUGCUCCGAGUGAGCACAACGGAUGGAGGCGGGUUGGAAUGGGUGUGGAUGGUGGAUUACCUGCGGUGUGGAUUAUGGUUUUGGGUUGCACUCACUCCAUGUCACUAGACACCCCCGUCUCCCACCUCGCCGCCCAUCGCCCCGUCAGUCUGUCGGCUCUGGGGAACGUUCGUCUGCCAUCACGUUCGUGAAUCGGAAGGGGAAGGGGGGUGGUAGAGCCUCGCAUGGGUGGGGGGAGGGGGUCACCGCUCGGACUCAACGGCGCCGUACACUACACAUCUCUCAACCAUCGAGAACAGCGGUAGGUACGUGAUGGGAGUGCGCCAUGCUUCCUUUUCUAGGCUGAUCACACGAAAGCCCAGAGAAGUCUCAUUGCUUGCUUGGUUUCGUCAACAUCCUUGCUCGAGCAUGGAUGAUAUUUAGUUCCGUUAGGUCCCGACUGUUCGGGUCGCCUUCUUUUGUUCGGCAUGUUGAUCUCAGCGCGCUGUUGCCAGAGCAGAAUCAGGCUGUGUGUGCCUUGGGGUGUGGUCUGCCUUGUCUCGCUGGCAGCUACAAGAUUCACACCAGCCCGCCGCUUCUUUUUGACUCUUGCCUACCCCGGGAUUUUUGUUUCUCUGCCCUCCACCAUCUGUCUUUGGACCUUUGCAACUGGUUGCGGGGGUGGUGAUCGAUCCAACCUACAACGUUGUCGUCCGCUAUUCUCAGUUGUUGCCCCUUUCUUUUGUCAUACUAUAUCGAUACAACUUUCCUCCUUUUGCUCGUUGGGUGCUACCUGAUACCACAGCCUUGCCUCACCAUUUUCACGCCCUCGGCUCGGAGCCCGUCACCUUGCCUGCUUCCCCGCCGACAGCUUUCUCGAUGUCCCGGCCGCAAAAACGCAAGCUCGCCUCGGGCGUGUCUGAGCCUAGGCCGAAGCGAUUCUCGUGGCGAGGCAAGGGUCCAGUCCCUCGACCUACCCCAAGCGAGGAGACCCAGGCGCUCUACGAUAUCUGGCAGCAGGCCGAGCGUGAAGUGAACCUGGCAGACCUGCGGAGGUUGAACGAGCCACCGACCUUUGUCGGCCAUGACGAGUUUCUCCUCUCACCCUCGCAAGCAACUUCGAGAUCUCGUUCCCCUUCCUGCGCCAGCACCACUCACUCGGUCACCAAGGCGAUGAAUGGUGUCGACCUCAACCAACAAGGAUCGAAGUCCAAAAAGAAACGGGCCACGCGUACCAAACCGCUGAGCAAGCCUGCCAAGGCCAAAGCAGCGUUCAUACGAAAGCUGGGAGCUUGUGAGGACUGCAGGAAACGACGUGUGGGGUGCACUCGCGAACACUGGGAUCUUCAUCUCUUCGAGGAAGCAUGGAGGGUCAAAUACGGACCGUUGCCCGAGGAGGAGGAUAUCAAGCCUACUCCGCUACCCGAAUUAGGCGUGGAAUAUUUCAAGACCGAGUUCCAACUCACCCGGAUUCUAACCCCCGAGGUCGCCACCGAACCACCGCCUCCAGACCCGAGCAACCGGUACCAGGCUCGGUUCAGUGAACUGGAUGACCUUGCCGGUGUCGGAGGGCAGGUCGUCUCCGCUGCUGGCGCGCCGCUGGGACCGGUCGAUGAGGAGAUUGACAUUGACAAUAUGCUGCAGACAUUGCAGCAUGAGGACCACGAGGAGCCGCCGCUCAUCCCUGUCGAGUUUACCGACUUCUUUGACACCGACUUCGAUCUGGACUUUGGCGGCGCCGACAUUUUUCAACCAGCCCCCGAGACGAGCUUCAACCCCGAGCCCGCAGACGAUACCUGGCUUGGAUACACAGAUUAUCAGUGUGUGCCUGUAGGUAAACAGACCUACAACUUGGUCGGACAGCUGCAGUUUGAAUGUCUCGGAGCCUCUGCCGCCGAGCAUGACGGUGUGGAAUUCCCUUGUGCGCAACGCUUCAACACGUUAGACUUGCUCAUCGAGCACUUCUACAGCGCGCAUUAUGUCUUUGAGAAUCACGAGGAGAGAGGAAGGUGCCUGAGCUGCUUGCUCGACUGGGAUCUUACCAGCGCCGAGGAGUUAACCGAGCCUUGCAAGCAGUGUGGCCAGGACCGGCACGAGAAGUGGUACUGGGGAUUCAUCAGCAAGGGCACACCGCCGAGCUUGACUUCGGGGACCACGUCCGUGAGGGUCGCCAGUCAAGACGGAUAUGGCUACGGGAUGCAGCAGGGAGGGUCGCCGUUUGGGAACCAGUCGACCGAUCUCUACGGCCACGGCAGCGGGGGUGGGUAUGACUUUGGUGGAGGAUUCCUCUUUGGGGACUAUGGGGACGGGCGCAAUCAGUACUACAAGGCGGCCCAGCACCUGACGAAGCAGCCGUACAAAUCCACGAUCAACAGAGGCAGCAAAGCGAUGCCGGCUUUUGGGUCUCAUCCGGCUUACUCUAUCUUCGUUGGAUUCUCCCUUCUUUCGGUCAUCGCCACACGCCUGUAUUUGGCCGUCGGAGCUCCCUAUCAGCCAGCCUCUUCAUUGACGGUGUCGAGCCCAAGUUGGUGGGCGGCUUUCGUCCCAGAGUUGUCGGUUGCUUGCAUCGCUGCCGGGUUGGUAGCGAUGUGGCUGUUUCGACAUGUUGUUCAGUAUCGGGAGGAUUCGUUGUAUGCUGCCCUGAGUAUAACCAGAGCGGAGGCUCUUGAGGGUUCCGUGAGAGCUGCAGUUGCUGCUUAAAAGACUCUGGGUGCGUUUUUCUUCUGUCUGGGCUUUACACGGUAGAUUACUAUGACGCAAGUCAGAAUUUUUGGUUUUGGGUUUUGGAUACCUCUCCCACGCUUCUUGUGUUUCCUAUCCCCUUCCUUUCCUUUACUCGACACAUGGUGACUCGAGUGUCGGGCGGUGGUUUCGAUACUUUCGGCCAUUUCUUUUGUUCCUAAUUCUCGUUGCAAUGUUUCUUUCCAUGUACUGGCUUCUUAAUGUCAUGGAACCAUCGGAGGACAACUGCCGGUUUUGGAGGAGGAAAAUGUGUAUUCAGCGAACAUUGGGUGGAAUACUGCUUUUUGUACUGUCGAGUCAUUGGUGAUGAGGUAGGUAAUGAGGUGAUGAGGUGAUGAAGUGAUGAUGAGGUGAUGAGUUGCCGAGACGCUUCCGACUUGUUUUUCUUGGAGAACACAUGGAGUGUGACGGGCGAGAUGACUUUACCACCUACCCUUAUAUAUACCUCUUUCUUCUCAACCUUUUGUCGGCGCAUACACGGAUGAUUCCAAUUCUACCUCGCAUUUCUGCUCCUA